AUGGCUCGCACGAAGCAAACUGCUCGUAAAUCUACCGGAGGUAAGGCCCCUCGUAAGCAACUCGCUACAAAGGCAGCUCGCAAAAGUGCUCCUGCAACUGGCGGAGUUAAGAAACCUCAUCGAUACAGACCUGGUACGGUGGCACUGCGAGAAAUUCGUCGUUAUCAGAAGAGUACUGAACUCUUGAUCCGCAAAUUGCCGUUUCAGCGCUUGGUGCGUGAAAUAGCGCAAGACUUCAAAACAGACUUGCGGUUCCAAAGCUCCGCUGUUAUGGCUCUUCAAGAAGCUAGCGAAGCCUAUCUCGUGGGUCUUUUCGAAGAUACAAACCUGUGCGCCAUACACGCCAAACGCGUAACUAUUAUGCCUAAAGACAUCCAACUGGCAAGGCGCAUACGUGGCGAGAGAGCUUAAGCCUACGGUAGGUCCCAAUUCAACCAGUCCUUUUCAGGACUACAAAUGUUUUAAAACGUAUCCGAAUCAUGAUUCCACUA